GCGAGUGGGAGAUUUGAAGUGUUUCAGCGGCAGUCGGCUUGGGAUCUGUGCUCUUUGGAGAAAACCAUGGUUCUUUAAACUGGAUCUCGAAAGCUAGCCACGAUAGCUUGUGAGGAAAAUAUCGGCUGACCCAGAAAAUGGCAACAGCUCCCAAGACUCCACCAGGUGCCGACCCCAAGCAGUUGGAGAGAACAGGAACAAUCCGGGAAAUAGGUUCCCAGGCCGUUUGGUCCUUAUCAUCAUGUAAACCAGGAUUUGGUAUUGAUAAGUUGCGUGAUGACAACCUGGAAACCUACUGGCAGUCAGACGGCCCUCAGCCUCACCUGAUCAAUAUCCAAUUCAGAGUAAAAACUACAGUAAAGAUGCUAGGUAUUUAUGCAGACUUCAAAACGGACGAGAGUUACACGCCACGCAAGAUCUCUGUCAGAGUGGGGAAUAACUUUCACAAUCUUCAAGAGAUAAGGAAACUGGAGAUGGUAGAGCCCAGCGGGUGGAUACACAUUCCCCUCCUUGACAUCAUAAACAAUCCCAUUCAAACCUUCAUGAUCCAGAUUGCAUUACUGAGCAACCACCAGAAUGGCAGAGACACUCACAUGAGGCAGAUUAAAGUCUACACACCAGUGGAGGAGAGCUCGGUUGGGAAAUUCCGAAGAUGCACCACAUUAGACUUCAUGAUGUAUCGCACGAUCAGAUGACUGUCAUUGCACAAUAUUUUAUUGGGGUGAAAAUCUAAGAUUUGGUCCCCAAACACUACUGAUUUAUUUUUAUUUUAUUUUUUUGUGUUCUGUUGACAAAGAACACUCGGAAUGAAUAAAGUUUAUAAUAUGAGUUUUUUUUGGUUCGUUUAGGGUGUAAUGUAUACUUUUUUUUUUUUUUUAACUGCGCUGAGGUUUAUACUAAGUGUCAUGAGUUAAAUGUGCCGAAGAACUUUGUAGUUUCUUGUAUAUUUGGAAUACAAACUCUCAUUACAUUUUUUUUUCAUUUUAAAUGACCAAUGCUAUAACACAUUACUAGCAUAUAAACAAGGCAAAAACAUAUGUAAUACAUUUUUUUUUUCUUUGAAUGGGUUAGUGUGGUGUUAGAAUUGUUCCAGUACGCAGGUCCCUUUUGAGGGAUCAGAUUUUGUUUUUCAUUUUACUGAAAUCCUGCAUAUUUCAUUUUAAAUGUCUUUUAACAAGACAUGCACAUACUAGUUCUCAAAGAAGUAGAGCUUAGUGAUGCAGCAGACUCAAUUUUUUUUCUAACAUAGUGACAACCCUGCUUGAAAAAACAGAUUCAGCUAACAGGACAUACUUUUCUAUGAAUAGCUUUACUUUGGUUUAAAAGAAAAAAACAAAAACAUGCACAAGCUUGGAGCAGAUAAGGAGAGUUCAAUUUCUAUAUAGCCUUUCAUACCAGUACUAUCUAGGCAUUGUGUCAUCAUCCCAUGGGAGCAUUCAUACAUGUAACUUGCCAACUGCAAAAUGUGAAGAACAUUUUUCACCCCAGUUUGUCUAUCUGUCUUAAAAUAAACUCCAGGAAUGUGAAUAAGAUGUAAUACAAUCCAGACAAAUCUGUCUUCUGUCUCUGAAACACUAUACACACACAAAGAGAAGCCUAGUACAUCUUCCAGCAAUGAAAAUGAUGUUCAUAUAUUCCAGGAUAUGGCUGACCAACAGAAUGUUCUGCUGUAAUGGACACAGCACUUGCUGCUUUGUUUUCCAACAGCGAAUCCUCUUAUACGCAACUGUAGCCUUGGACAGGUGUUGUGCAAAAUAGUUGUUACAUAGAUUAUGUUCUUGUAACUGAAUAAGAAACCACGAUACAUAAGAGAGCCAAAUGAAAACGUGUAGGGUAGGAGGUUUGCUCGUCUUACAGUGUGCUAUCCACCUGGAGUUUGCGUUUUUGGAAUUUGUGUAUUAAAUAACAUCGUCCAGAUGCUUUGAAACCUCAGUCAGAUUGUAUCCAGCCUCUUCUGAUCAAACACAAAGCAAUCAGUAGUCUUCUGGGAAGUCUAGUCUACCCAUGAUGCAGUGGUCCAGACUUCCUGUUUGUAUUUGCAGUCUGGAAUACAGAUGCUCUCAUUAAGAUGCCAACAGGUCAUUUAUCCAGGCCUCAUAAACUUCAGUUAAUGCCUCAAGUGCUGUAUGUGUGGCAAAUCCAAAUGAAGCACAGUGCACAUCCCUGCAUUAUACGAAACGCAACUGGUUAUCUAUUUUCUUCACCGUGAACCUCUUCAUUAUUUUGACUUUGACCAGAAACAGGUGGCAAUGCAGCUUCUGUAAAUUAAUCUUUAAUUGCCUGUACAGACUGGAACGAUUUGGUUUAUAGAUUCAAAGAUGUAUGUACAAUGAAACUUGGAUUUCACAGUCACUAUAGGGACAUUUUCUGCUGCUUAUUGCAGGAACCAUUCAAAUAGUUUGUGCUGAGUUUUCUUGACUGCCAAGAGCAGGUGGGUGAAAUUCAGGUUUUACUGAAUAUAGUACAUAAAUGAUCAAAAUAUUCUAUGAAAAUAUCUUUCAUAACAUUUUACAGAAGAGUAAGAGGUUUGGAGAGGGAUUAAACUGAACUACUGUAGAACAUAAUAGGAACAGCAUUUGUAAUUCAUUUGCCAUUUCCCCUUCCACAGUUAUGCAACAUUAUGUAAAGUGUUGCUGUGUUCAUAUGUGUUUGUUCAGAACUGCAACACUAAACUUUGGUCUUCCUUAAUUAACGGUCUGCACUAACAUCAAACAACUAAAUGACUGCAAUUUUAAAAGUGCUUAUUUUUUGAAGGAUUUUUUUUCUUUUCUUUUUGUUGUAUUCCACGUGGAGUUCUGUUACUAUUACCUAGACACCAACAGGGUAACAUGCAGACCAAAUUUAAAGUAAGUUUUGAAAUUGUUAACAUUCCUCACCUGGUAGAUGCAUGUUGACAACCUACAUCCUAGACAUCAGACAACCUAUGGUUAGUAAGUCUGGAAGCUGGUAAUGUAAACACAUGAGCUAUUGCAAAAUGUUUUUUUAUUGUAUUUUGAUUACAUAUUUUUUGUAAGCAUGGAACUUCUUAGAGUACUGUUAAAUAAACCAACAACUUGCCAAUGAUAGUUUCAUGAAUAUCAAACUCUUGUGUUGAUGCUGUAUGAAUGGGACCUGGCUUUAUACUGUACUUUGAUUCAUAUAAAAUGAACAUUUGAA